CUCUGCGAGACUUGGACCUACUCAUUCACUGCAUGCGCUCCCACAGAGAGAGAGAGAGAGAGAGAGAGAGAGAUUGAGAAUUGCAUCAAUGGCGGAGACGCAGAGCAAUGACAGAGAAUCGCGAUGGACCCUCAGAGGCAUGACUGCUCUCGUCACUGGCGGCACUCGCGGAAUCGGGCACGCGAUAGUGGAGGAGCUGAGCGGGUUCGGUGCCAUCGUGCACACCUGUUCGAGGAACGAAGACGAGCUGGGCAAGCGCUUGAAGGAAUGGGAAAGCAAGGGUUUUGGGGUCACCGGGUCGGUUUGCGAUUUGUCUUCUCGUGAUCAGCGAGAGAAUCUGAUGAAGGAGGUGUCUUCCAAGUUCGGCGGCAGGCUCAACAUUCUUGGAAAUUCCUCCGCCUUGUCCUGGGGAACAUAAGCGGAGAAAUGUUGGAAAAAAAUGGACUAUAGGGACUUAGAAAUGUUGGUUAUUGCCAGUAGUUAUCAUCGAUCAACUGUAUCUAACAGCAUAUGGUGUAUCCGAGCUGAAUUAGAGAUGCUUGCAUGCGUCUGACACGUCUCAGUUACAACUUGUCAAGGCUCAGAUUUUUUAUGAGGUGUUUGAGGUUAAUUUACUCCCACGAUGUUGGAAAGCUAUGCUGUCAAUGCCUUCCAUGUAGUCGCUCAAACUAAUAUGCUUCAUGCUUUCCAUAUCUAACAUUGAUUAAUGGAGUGAGUCGAUUGACGGUAAAGCUUGUGGCAGAGCCUGCUUGCAAGGAAAUGCCUCCAUGAGAAGAGUUGACUAUUAAAUAUCUCACAUGCCUAGAAGCUGGGUUGUAACAUCAACACAGAGCGUCGGGGAUUCUAAGUUUUCUUCAAGUAAGAUGUGGACACAGAAUUGAGGAUACUUGACAAACUUUUCACCUUUCACACACACAAGCAUAUUCUAGAGUGGAUAUUUUGGACUUCGGUCAGUCGGGUAAACCCCAUUCAGAGAACCACCGUAUUGACUUUCAUAUAUAUAACAAAGGGAAGUGUUUGGACAAUGGUUCCUUGAAAGGAACAAGUUCUUUUUUAUAAGCAAUGCAAUGGAAAGUGUCGUGGAAAGAAAAUAAGUGCUUUAGAGAAUCAUGUUAUUCUCUGUUCCUUUCUCUGUCAUCUUUUCUCAUAAAUGCUACACUUUGGCAUCUGCAUACUUUUCUUGUGAAUAAUUUGAACUUGUUGAGUUUGGCAAUUUCAUAAGAAAGAACUAAUGGAGGUAACACAAACCAUUCAAUGGCUAGUGUUUCUCCUCAAUUUCUUUCCUUACUUUAUCUUUUAAGAUUUUGAAUCGUAAUUAUGGUCUAUUAAGUUUCAUCAUUUUACACUUUUGGUUACAGACCAUAAAUAGGCACGCGUGCUCUGGUAUGGCUAUCUUUAGAUAUGAAUUCUGCUCUCCCGCUUUGACAAAUUGCACUUUUCAGUGUCAGAUGUUAAUACCAUCACCCGUCAGUAUUUUCCCUGAAUCAGCCAUGAUAUUCUUUGUUGUGGCGAUGAUUAGUUUCCUCAUCUUAGCUUGAUGCUCAUUAAAUGCACAAAUGCAAACUUUGCCUGUGACAACAUGAAACUGCGCAUUUGAUAGAUGAUAUGACUUUAUCAUGUAUUUGCACGUAUUUUUUUAAGAAAGUUUUUAUUGGAAUCUGGAGAUGACGCUAUGUGAUGUUUCUGAUGCCAGAUAAACAAUGCUGGAACGAAUCUGAGGAAGCCAACCGUUGACUAUACAGCUGAAGAAUUUUC